CAUAAAGAAUGAAUGAAGGAAAGAAACGUUAAAAGACAAAGGAAGUAGAAGAUAAGUGCGAAAGAAAGAGAAAAAUGAUUAAAGCGUUCUACGAGGUAUUAAAAGGCACAGCCAUGGACAAAAGGAAUGCGAGAAAUUGUACUGUGUUGUAUUUUUAAAGAGCAGUUGAUGACGGAAUGCCAAAGGAAGCACUUGUCGCUCGUUCGUGAAAGAAAAUAUGAGUAGUAAUUGUAAAUAUACGUACGUCUGCAAUUAGGUUAUUCAUUCGUGUACAUGUUUAUGCCUCGUUGUCGUCGUCGUCACUACCACAAUCACCAUCAUCUUCAUCUUCAUUUUCACCAGCACCAAUAACACCAGAAACAACAAAUGAAAAUCGUCCGAGAAAGCACCCGCUGAGGGCUCUAUCAAGCGAGGGCUGAUCACAGACAAUCAAACCGCGAUAUAAAAUGAUAGCGCGGCCGUCCCCCGUGGUAGCAUUACGCGAUAGGAUGAUAAAUGGGCGUUCUUUUUAGGAGAGCCUGAGUUGAAGUCCGAGGCAUAUUUCCGCCGACUCGCCCAGGGACGCCCGUGAUUGCAGUGCGAAGCGACCAUCGAUCUUGUUACAGGCGAAGAAUCGUGGCCGAAGGAGGAACUCUGGUGGCUGUUAGGGUAAUGAUGAUGGUAAUGAUGAUGGCAAUGAUGGUGGUCGUGUAGAAAUCUCACUCGGGAACGCCAAACGCUGAGUUGAGCGAGGGGGAAAGGGUUAGAUCCAAGCAACUCCAGGACAGAUAAGACCAGGGCGAGGACAUCAAAAUCCCCCAGCGUUGGAUUGCCUUACUUUUAAAAUGAUCAUCACAAUCCGUCAAUUAUUAAAUGAUUAUCAUGACCAAUCUGUCGCCAGUCAUCACCAGCUUGUGAAGCGCCAUCUUCCCCACGAUGAAGGGGAGAAGAACCCUUGACUGACUCCUUGAUCGUCACCAUCGCUGUUCAUUUAUUCAGGAGGUUAUGGGGAGCCGCCAGUCCGGCCACAGCACCACGGGUGCAUUAUGCGCUGCCAAGCCUUCUCAGAGUCAUUCCCUCGAUGCCAGCCAACCCCCCGACGCGGCCGGCGCUGCCGACCAGAAGGAACUUUCAGAAACGCCGGAUGCAGCUAGUAGCGGCGCUGGGGGCGAGGCCCCAGUUGAUGCCGCCGUCAGGCCAGGGGUUCCCUCGGUCGUAGUUGUAGAGCCAACCUCUAGAGGUAUAGAAGAAAUACACUUAGAACCACAAGUCUGUGAAAUUAGAGUGCAGCCGCCGACGCCGACCAGAACGCCUUCAGAAGCCCCUUCGUUGGAGACGGAGUCCAGAACGGCGCCCAGCGCACCCCUGCUCCCCGACGACACAUCUAGCAGCGCGUCUCCUGCCACGACGUCGAAGCCGGACCCGGCGCCGACAGGCCACACAUCGAACACCGACAGCACCGACUCGGCGGAAAGACGCCCCUUCCGGCCGUCGGCACCGGAUCUCCCGUCUUACGAAGAUGCUGUCAUCGCCUCGUUGGCGCCCGAAGCCGGGGGCGACUCCCGCACCCCAAAGGCCCCCGGUGCCGCCAAGCAGCCGUCGGCGCUUCCACGGGUGCGAGAUGUGCGUGUGGGCGUGAACCUUGUCCGUGCAGCGGGCAAGUUGCUGACUUUCUUGGCCACCGUGGAUGCUCACCCCGCCUUGUACAGCGGGCCUUUGGUGAAGGCAGCGCUGCGCAGGUACGAGCGACUCUGGCUGCCUCUGGCCGCGAAAGGGGAAUGCGAGGGUGCGGCGCCCCCUCUCGACGUACACUGGGUGUGGCUGGUGCACAUGCUGGCCCCUCAGCAUUAUCACCAAGACUGUCAGGCUGUGGCCGGAACACAGGUCCACCAUCGACUCAUGACGUCCAAGGCGCUGGAGCGAGCCCGGGAGCGCGGUCGGCGCCUGUGGGAAGCCGAGUACCCGGAGGAGGCGUGGGACCUCCCGCUCGACGGAUCCUACGCAGAGGGAGACGCUGCCAAGGACGCCGAAAAGGACUCCAAGAUCUCGUAUGAUCUACGGACGGCCGUUGAGAGACAGAGCGUAUUUUAUUACCAGGUGUCACUCCCUCAUUACCGUAACAAGGGCUUUCUGCGACGAAGCGAACGCCGCUACAGACAGUUCCUUGCACUCAAGAAACUCCAUCCGGACAAGUUCCUCGUUCCGUGCUACGACAUGGAUGUGAUUUGGCACGCACAUCAGGUGCAUCCGGCGAUCUACAAGAGAGACACGGAGAGUCUUCUGGAACAACUCCUCCCCCAUGACGACUCCGUGAACGAUCGCAGUCCGGGCUCCAGGUUGGUGAGCUCGGACACGGUGACUCGCGGCCUGUGGGUUCCCUCCUUCGGCUCGACCUUCUGGCGGGAGGGCUCCAUGUACCGCGGCGACCCCCCUCAGAAACACAUUUCCCCGCUGCCGCCCGAGAUGGAGAAGGAGGUGCACAGCUCGCUCUACCACUGCCAGAUCCUCAAGUUGGCGAUAAGGGGGAACGCCCCGGACGGAGCUCUCAAAAUCAAAAUCAAACACGAGACAAUGAAGGUGGCGGAAUUGAGCCUUUUUCAUGAACAGCAGAAGGGCGUGUCCGAACACAAUGUCACUGACCUCGGCCUCAUCUUCUCCCUCCACGAUCAGAUGGCUGGCGACUGGCUGGUUCUGAAGAUGUCUCCGAAGAGAAGGUUCAGCAAGUUCCUCAACAUGUUCGGACACGGGAACUUCUGGUGUAUGAUGUAUCUGAAUGAACUUUUCAACAUUAAGACCGAGGGAACUAUCGUCAAGGUGUUCGAAGACGGAGGGGCGGUUGUAGAGGUGACGCUGCAGGUGUUCAGAACCCUGUCCAGCUCCUACGUCCCUCUGGGCAUACUCACGGGCCCCUUCAUGCCGAUCGUGUUAAAUCCCAACACUCUCCUUCAGUUGCAAGGCAUUGUCACUAGCAACUACAGUGAUGACAGCGACAUCUUUCUGGCCGAGAUGGCGACGCACCG